AAUUUGUCGGGCGGUUGUUAUUAACAUGAAGCCUGUUUUUUAAAAUAAUAAAUAUGGAUGAUGGAAAGUCAAAGGUGUUCAAUGAUCCAAUACAUGGACUAAUCGAACUCCAUCCACUGUGUGUGAAGAUCAUAGACACACCGGAAUUCCAGCGCCUUCGAUUCCUGAAGCAACUCGGGUCUACUUAUCUUGUGUAUCCUGGCGCGUCUCACAACCGAUUUGAACAUUCUUUAGGGGUGUGCCACUUAGCCGGAAGACUGGUUCGUGCCAUAAAAAGCAGACAACCCGACCUUGGCAUAACAGAUAAAGACGUUCUUUGUGUUGAAAUAGCUGGGCUCUGCCAUGACCUUGGCCAUGGACCCUUUUCUCAUCUGUUUGAGGGGGAGUUUUUACCAAAAGUCCGUCCAGAGACCAAAUGGGCGCAUGAAAAGGCGUCCAUAGACUUAUUUGACCACAUGAUUGAAAAAAGAAAUUUGAAGCCGGAGUUCGACAAGUGUGGACUCAACGAACAAGACAUAAGAUUUAUUAAGGAGCAAAUUCGGCCUGAAAUAAAGGAUGAGAAUAAUGAAAAGUUCAGAGGAAGACCCGGCAAACCGUUCCUAUAUGAAAUUGUUGCCAACAAGCGGAACGGCAUCGAUGUUGACAAGUGGGAUUACCUUGCCCGUGAUUGCUACAUGCUUGGAAUUCGUAACAACUUUGACCAUAACAGAUGUAUCCAUUUUGCCCGGGUUUUGAAUGUAUGCGGAGAGAAACAGAUUUGUACAAGGGAAAAGGAGGCUGGACAUUUAUAUGAUAUGUUUUACACCCGCUAUAUGCUGCAUCGCCGGGCUUAUCAACACAAGACUGCUUGUAGCAUCAACUUCAUGAUUACAGAUGCGCUUAUCAAAGCAAACGACUACAUUAAGUUUACUGGUACUGAUGGUGAAGAAAAGAAAAUGUCAGAGGCCAUUGAUGACAUGGAAGCCUACAGUAAGAUGACGGACCAUGUAAUUUUCCUGAUUCUCAACUCAAACGACAAGAAUCUCGCAGAAUCCAAGGAAAUCCUGAACAAUGUCAUGUCCCGCAAACUUACGUACAAAUACACAACGCAUUCGGUCGCAAAAAGGGACAAAAUGCUGGGAAAGGAAGACAUCAGUGAUGCAGUUAAAGAGAUAAUAGAAAAGAAAAAGCCUGGUCACCAAGAUUUGAAUGAUGACGAUAUUAAAGUACAGCUUGUGCAGCUAGAUUACGGAAAAAAGAGCGAGAAUCCCAUGGAUCACUUGAUGUUCUACAGAAAAAACGAUCAGGAUAAUGCCGUUCCUAUUACGAAAGAACAGGAGUCCAGCUUUCUGCCAAAGGAAUUUCUAGAGCAGCAGAUUCGACUGUAUUGUAAAGCCAAUGCCUCGGACGCCUCGCAUAGAGCUGCUCGUUAUGCAUUUGGCCAGUGGUGUAGGGAAAAAGAUCUACCUGCCCCAAUGGGAGCAGAUUUUGGUGACGAAUAAAUAAAGAAUAGCACCCUUUUAGGCGAAAAGAUAAUGUUGGUACCAUUCUAACUUGAUGAACAACAAUACGGCGCAGUGAUCCCCCCUGUCAAACGUUCGGUGGUGUAUCUAAGCCAAAAGUACAAAAUUAAGAUUCCCUGAAAUGCAUUGAA